UGUCGUGACGGCGAUCAGUCGAUUCCCGAUCGGCAUCAGAACGAUGGUGGGGUUAUGACGCGUCACAACACUCCACACUAGUAUGUUUAUAAUCUGAUGCGUUAACUAGCUAGAGUAGGGAAUAUUCGUUUGCAUUGCACAAGAUGUCGGAAGAACUCAUUGAACUUGUCAGAAAAUACGAAGUGUUGUAUAAUCCAAAAUGUAAAGAAUACAAGGAUCACUUAAUAAGAACUAUAGCAUGGGAAGAAAUUGCUCAAAAAUUGAAUGAACCAGUUGAAAAGUGCAAAGACAACUGGACAAAAUUGAGAAAUGCAUAUGCCAGCGCAAUAAAAUGCCGUAAAAAUAAAAAAAGUGAACAAGCCGCAUCACAAGUGAUAGCAUGGAAAUACGAAGAGCAAAUGAAUUUUUUACGCCCUCACAUGAAAUCGAGGAACACCAAAACUAAUUUGGCAGAGCCAACACCAGAAUCACCUAUAGACAUGACUCCAUAUAGCCCCCCUGACGUUCACGUUAAUGACUCGCAAAAAAGCUCAGCAUCGCAACCUCUACAAACUCAAAGUUCGGAUGCUAGUUGUAGUGAUGGAUCUCAAAGGAGCUCAGCGUCAAAACGAACAUUAUCAGCGAAUAACAAACCUAGCUUACAAGACAUUUAUGACUUGAUGAAGUCGUCAAAUGAGUUAAAAAAGCAAAGGCAACACGCUAAGCCAGAUAUGGAUGAUACUGACUUAUUUUUUUUGAGUAUGAGUAAGGCAGUUAAGGCGCUUCCAAAAUUCGAUCAAUGCAAAAUAAAGUUGGAUUUACAUACAGCUGUUUCUGAAGCAGAAAUUCGAAAACUCACUCAAACAGGCAGCACACAUGAGUUUAUUCAAUCUCCCACAACCAUACAGCCAUUCAACAGUCCAGCAAUCGGCAGUCCAGAGUCUCGUGAUUCGAGAACGAACAUGGAAGAACAUUGGUAACAUAAUAUAUCAGGACUAUUUUUGAAUAUUGAUGAAUGAUGU